GUUUGGAAGCAUUCACAAGAGCGAUUUUAAAUCAAAUAACUGACGCCAUGGAUAAUCCAGAGGAAAAGACAACCACCGCACUAAAUCCAACAGAGAAGAAACUUCAACAAUCUGGUAUCCCGGACGAAGCCUCUCAAGCUGUUGAAGUUGGCAAUCGUGACUUAGAUGAUGACAUUCGAUCUGAUAAUGAUAUAAUUCCAGAUGAUACUUGGGGAAACAGAUGGGAGUUCAUCUUAGCGAACGUAGGUGCCGCGAUCGGUCUUGGUAACUUUUGGCGUUUCCCCUUCCUUGCCUUCGAUUACGGCGGCGGUGCGUUUUUCAUUCCGUACAUCAUUGCCCUGUUCACUACCGGCAUUCCGCUCACUUUGCUUGAGAUGACGCUCUCUCAAUACUGUCAGCAAGCAAUGUGCAGGUCGUUUGGCAAUCUGAACGAGCGAUUCGUCGGCAUGGGCAUUGCCGCACUGUGGAUCUGCUUCAUCAUUGUUACCUAUUAUUCGGUGAUCAUAGGAUGGAGUAAUGUUUACUUGAUUCAGUCUUUCUACACACCUAUGCCGUGGUCUGCUCGCGGUUUGCCUCCGUCCGAGAUGAUUACUGUUCCCUCUAACUAUUUUUACGAUGACAUCCUGCACUUGAACGAUGCGGCAGUGGUUGAGUUGGGCGAGUUUGUUUGGUUUCUCUUCUUGGGAACGUUCGUAGUUUGGGCUGCAGUCUUCCUAAUUCUAUUCAAGGGUGUAGCGGUUGUGGGUAAGGCCGUGUGGUUUACCGUGCUGCUACCCGUCUUUACUUUAGUUGUGCUGAUUAUCUAUGGGGCGACUCUUGACGGUGCAGGCGAUGGUGUUGUCAAAUAUAUUGGAACUUGGGAUAUGAGUGUAUUGGAGAAUGGGCAGAUUUGGGUGGAUGCCUUCGGACAGAUUUUCUUCAGUCUCGGUAUUAGCACAGGAAUCAUGUCCGCCUUUGCGAGUCACAAUGGUAGACAGCAGAACAUUGUUCAGGACGGUAUCGUUGUCGCUAUGCUGAAUUCAAGUUUCUCCUUUGUCGCCGGGUUCGCCGUAUUCUUGGUAGCUGGUCACUUCAAGUAUGAAACUGGUUUGACAUGGGAUGAGCUGCAGGGAGUCCUGGGCGGUCCUUCCUUGAUCUUUAUUCUCUAUCCAAGUGCACUAUCACUCACUUCUGGCUGGUGGGGCAAUGUCAUGUGUAUCUUGUUCUUCUUCACCGUAUUCAUGCUUGGAAUUGAUAGUGCGUUCGCCCUUACCGAGUCGAUCUUCGGCAACCUUCGCGAGGUGAGAUUGUUCGAUCGCCUUGGACCUUUACCUCUCCUAGCAUUUAUUGUCACGGCUUGUAUGGCUCUGGCUACACUUUACUGCUUCGGUUGGGGAUUGUAUCUGCUGGAUGUCGUAGACGCAUAUAUCAAUAUUGGUUUGCUGGCUGUAGGUUUCACUGAGGCAUUUGUCGUUGGAUGGGUGUAUAAACGCAAUGACGCAGCUGAAAUUGUUGGAUCGAAGUCUAUGCUUGCCCUUGAGCUAGGUUGUCUCGGUGGCUUCCUUGCGUUCGCAACUAUUGGCAUCUCGGUCGGAAACAGUACUGAUCUUGGGCUCGGAUAUCUUGCGUUGGCCAGUAUUCUACCAGCGCUAGCAAUCAUAGCGAUCGGGUUUGUUCUAUGUGGGACGUUUUCUCAAGUUGGAUUUAUGAAGGGUAUCAAGACAGCUUCAUACCACGGACUGGGUGUGCUUAUCUUCGAUUUGAAUGAAGUUCUUACUAGAGGAACUGGAAAGGACAACUGGAAGCUUCCUGCUAUCUGGGGUCUCGCUCUGAAGUUCUUUGUCACCCCUCUGGUAGCUUUCUUGUUGGCGUUGAAAUUUAACAAAUUUGGAAUCGAUAGCGGAUACGGAGGUUACAUCAUGGGAUAUCAGGCCUUCGGCAUCGUAGUUCUGCUAGUUUGUGCAGCUCUCGGAUUCGCUGGUAUUGUGCUUCCCCAGAUUGUAACGGUGGAAAAGAAAUUCCCAGAAACUUCUAAACGCCAUCCGAAACAAAUAGUAGUUUAAGGGCGAGGUGGCUGAGAGGACACUGUGGCGGUGGACUUGGUGUGAACCGAAUGUUUCGCAUACCAAGCGCGAACAUAGUUCGCGGAUUGUGUCUGAUCUUUCUGUGAAUACAUCAAUUAUAACUUUAAUAAAAACUAUAAUUCACCGU